GGGCCGGCACCACCCCACACGAAGCCGUACUGCUACCGGCGCCAUGCGCGCGCUGCUGCCGCUGCUGCGCACGGGCUGGGGCUGGGGCUGGCGCGCGGGCUCCAUCGUCGCUGCCCGCCUGCCAGGGCGAGUGAGCGCAGGGGCCGUGCCGGGCCGCGCCAUGGCCCUGUACCGCACGGAGGAGCGCGGCCAGCCCCACUCGCCCGAUUACCGCGUCUUCCUCAAAAAUGAAGCUGGUCACUACAUUUCCCCCUUUCAUGAUAUUCCUCUGAAGGUGGACUCCGCAGAGGAAAAUGGCAUUCCUACAAAGAGAGCACGAAAUGAUGAAUAUGAGAAUUUGUUUAAUAUGGUUGUCGAAAUACCUCGGUGGACAAAUGCUAAAAUGGAGAUUGCCACAGAGGAGCCCUUGAAUCCCAUUAAACCAGACGUAAAAGAUGGCAAGCUACGAUAUGUGGCAAAUAUCUUUCCUCACAAGGGUUACAUAUGGAAUUACGGUGCCCUCCCUCAGACUUGGGAAGAUCCCCAUCAAAAAGAUAAGAGCACAAACUGCUGUGGAGAUGAUGAUCCUAUUGAUGUUUGUGAAAUAGGCUCAAAGGUUCUUUCUUGUGGAGAGGUUAUUCCUGUGAAGAUCCUUGGAACUUUGGCUCUUAUUGAUCAGGGUGAAACAGAUUGGAAAUUAAUUGCUAUCAAUGUGAAUGAUCCUGAAGCCUCAAAGUUUCGUGAUAUUGAUGAUGUUAUGAAGUACAAACCAGGUUAUUUGGAAGCUACACUUAAUUGGUUUAGAUUAUAUAAGGUGCCAGAAGGAAAACCAGAAAACCAGUUUGCUUUUGAUGGAGAAUUCAAAAACAAGGCUUUUGCUCUUGAAGUUAUUAAAUCUGCUCACGAAUGUUGGAAAGCAUUGCUUAUGAAGAAGUGUGAUGGAGGGGCUAUAAAUUGAGAAUUGCAGUUUUGUUUUGUUUUUUUCCACUUAAAAAAUACUUUAUGGAGCAUCUGUUUGGAAGACAUCGCUGCGUGCUGGACACUGUAAAGCUAAGUAAAUGACAUGGUUCUAUUUCUCAAGAGAUUUAUAGUUUAGUGGGGGUAUUUAUAAUAAUAAUGUUAUUAUAAUGUGGUAUGUGCAAAGAUGGAGUAAAAAACAGUAGCAAUUUUUCAACAUACAAAACAUGGUUAUUUUAUUUAUCUUAUAACUACCAUGUCAUUUCUUGAUAAGAACAGUGAAAGUUUUCUUUUCCAAGAUCUGGAUCACUAGCUGCUUGAUUCAGGGGAAUCAAACAAUAUUAACAUGUAACUCAAUCACUUUAUUUUAUUUUAAAACAUUUAAAUGUGCGUUUAUUCACCAAUCUUUAGAUAUAA